AGCACAUUUACUGCAUUUUAGUCACUACACCAACUAAGAGAAGACUGAAUAUACAUGGAAUUGUGAAGUUAAACAAAUUAGUCACCAAGUUAAAACUACUGCCAGCUAUAUGCAUGACUUGCUAACCUUGGACAAGCUGCAGUAUCAACAUUAAGGUUCAAUACUCAAGAGUCAACACCUGUGACAGGAUCUUAUGUGGCUAAUUUUGACAGUCAGUAUUGUGAGUGUGGCACUUGCUGGCAGUGGCUACUGCAGCUUUCUCGAAUGCUUUCUUAGUUGGUGCAUGCUGUAACGGGAAAAUGGGAAAUUCUUCAACAUCCACCACCAUGACAAAUGCAUGCAAAGCAGUUUAUGUGAUGUGUGGAAAAGUUUGCUGACUACUUGGCGUAAAACAGGCUUUGUAACUGGAGUGGCAGUUUGAGAGGUCUGACCCUUCCAGUCACAACAGCUUAUGUUUAUGGCUGUGAACCAUUACUGACAGGAAAGUUUACUUGUAUGGUGACAGAAGUACCACUGCAUUAACCCUGCAUCUUCCAGAUGCACCAAGACAUGAAACCCAGAAUAUGUGCUGUACCCAUCAGGAAAAGUGUCUACAGUUGUGGGGCUAACUUCAAAACAAAGUUAAUUUAGGACCAGUGCUACAUGAACAAACAAUUACAAACAGAAGUUUAUGAUAAAACAAAAUAGUUCCUUUUGCAGUGGAUAAAGUGACAUAAUCUAGCUAAAACCUAGCAAAGAAACAUGCAAUGUGUAACGGACUGCUGCCAAUUAAUGUAUAAUACAUGAUAACAAAUACGAUAACACAAUGCCUUGUGAACAUUCCAGAAAUCUCACUUCCACAGAAAAUGCACUUAAUUCCCACACAUUAUGGAGUAUCUUAGACUGUGCACUUCUGGUGGUUAUCCUUUGCGGCAAUACACUCACAGUAUUAGCCAUUCGAUGCAGCAGACGUCUGUCUAAUGUUAUGUCAAACCAAUUUGUUCUAAGUUUAGCAAUAUCAGACUUACUCAUUGGACUCACUCUGCCAUAUCACAUGGCUUUCUACCUUUCUGACGCAAUUGGAAAAGACAAGGAAACGUGUAUUCUACGAUUUGUACUCCUUGCUUUGGGCUGUUCAGCCUCCCUAUGUAAUCUCAUCAUAAUCGCCAUUGACAGAUAUAUUUCCAUUGUUCACCCACUACACUACUGCAGAUUAAUAACAAAGAGAGUGGCCAUAACGAUGAUAGCUACAGGCUGGUGCAUAGCAUUAAUGCUGUCCACAAUGCCAAUUUACUGGAAUAAUUGGUCAGCAAAUGAUGAAUGUGACAUAGAGCAUGUCAUGGCACCCAACUACUUUGUUUACAUUAUGCUUCCACUAUUUCUCUUAUUAUGGGUGGCCAUGUUUGUCAUUUACUGGAAGAUAUGGCGGGAAGCAAUGAAUCAAGUACGCAGAUUACGAGAGAUCAAUUUUCUCCAUGGUGGAGGUCCUUCUGACUGGAAAUCCAUUCAGGUGGUAUUACUAAUACUGGGCAGCUUCUCCAUCUGCUGGCUACCAUACAUGGUUGUGGCGUGCACAAUACUGUCUGGGGUAUGUACCAGUGAUACUGGGAUUGGCUACAAAGCAGCAUUUUCAAUGGCAAUGGCAAAUUCAUGCAUGAAUCCAAUCAUCUAUGCCUGGAAGAACCCUGAAUUUCGUCAAGCGAUCAAAAGGAUUCUUCACUGCCACUCACCCAACAGAACACUUCCUGACCCAUCUUUCAUCACAGCAAAUAAGAUUUCGCUUAGGACAACCGACACAAAUGUGGACAGCAGUGAACAUAAGAUGACAUAUGAUCCGUAAAUGUAUCACAGAAUAUAAAAUCUUAUAGUUUUAGACAUGCAUGAAUCUUGAGAAUUAAGAACAACAUGUUUUAUACUGAAAUGAUCAAUUAAUAAUUUGGGUCAACUCAUUAGAUUUUAGUUCUUGAAAGUUAUGCUACAGAAGCUUGUAUCAAUGUGGAGAAGAAAUUAGCAGGGGGUCAGGGGUGUAAUUAAUGUCCAUCCCCUGGCUCAGGAUACUGGCAAAUUUCAUUACAACAUACAUAAUGGAUCAAAAUCAUACAAGCGUUACAAAUAUACAGAAAUUGGAUGUCCUGCUUAAAAAUGUAAAAAUAUAAAAACAAUUUGCAUAUAUUGGCUUCUGAAUCCCCAUAUUAUAAUUAUGUAAAGCAUUAGCAAAUACUGGUGAAU